AUGAAUUGAAUUAUACUCUCCUUGCUAUUAAUUUGCUCAGUUCAUGCAGGAACGAUUACUUCAGCGGGUCAGCUAACAUUCUCCCCAUCCACAGUCCGUUCCUCAGCUACUUAUUCGAUGUACUUUUUCCUAUCAUCUGCUACACCUGUUGACGCAAAAGUGACAAUCAAUUUCCCAUCUGAUUUUGGGAUAUCAAGUAAUUCUAACUAUCCUUGCACUUUGAAUAGAGGCGAUAGCAUUGAUUGUUCAUCGGCAUCGUGCUCUGUCUCAAGCAAUGUCCUGACAAUAACUAAUUUCUUUAGCAAUUGGGCAGUUGAUGCAGGCUCUGCAGAUGCUUUUUCUGUGUCAUUAAGUGGGAUAACCAAUCCGGUUUCAACAACUAAAACAAAUGCAAUUGUGAUAACCACAUAUUACAGCGAUGGAAGUAUAAUUGAUCAAUCAGGCUCUAGCGACAAUUCCUGGAUGGUUACAGCGACUGCGGCUUCUAUGACUUCAGCUCAAAUUACACCUACAUCACAAGUAAUAGGCGGAUCAACUACCUGAACAUUUACGUAUACUCCUCAAUUUUCCUCUCCACAAGGCUCCACCAUUUCUAUCACAUUCCCUUAUCAGAAUUCUUAUAUUGGGGCAUCAGGGUCAUCGCUUAAUUCUAUAAUAAGCACAUCGACUCCAACUUGUGUGUCUGUAAGUAAUAUAGCAUCAUCUCUUUCCUGCAGCUGAUCCAGCACAACAAAUACACUCACAAUUACCGGUGGCUUUUCAUCAGCCUCAGCAACUGGGUCUGUUUCAUUUACAGUCAAUCCUUGCUUGAAUCCUCCAAGUCCAUCAGCAUUGUCAGGAUUUAUAUUUUAUUUACUAAACUCAAGCGGGGGGAUCUAUGAGUAUACAAUAUCCACUAUUUCUGUGACUGUCACGACCCCCAAUUCCAUCUCAAUUCUGGAUUCAUAUCUUUCAGCAUCCACAAAAACUAUAAGCUCGAGCACAACGCUCUCAAUCAGCUUCAGGCCGACUAACCCUUUUGCAAGUGGAGAUAUAGUAGAAAUAACCUUUCCAAGCCAACUUUCUUUCAGCACCUCGAGUAUGAAUGUUAUCGCAAGGCUAGGAAUAGGAACUGCAAUUGGGGUGACACUCUCCUGGACAAAUUACGCUACUAAUGUAAUAAGGAUAACAAACGGAUAUACAGCUUAUACUAAUUCCGUUCAAGUCCAGGUCAGCUGCAGCGCUGUCACUCUCCCGACUUCUACUCAGCCCACUGAUCAAUUCACUAUAAGACACUUAACCUCAGGCGGCAUUGCUGUUGACUCUGGAACAGGUGGAAGAUUUACUGCGACUGCAGGGACAAUGCUUCAGGAUGGCAGUAAUGCCUGGGUCACUGCCUCUGUUUAUACUGUGGGGCAGUCAUCAAUUUACUAUUUUGAUUUUUUAUUAGCCAACAGCUUACCGUCUGGCGCAACUUUAUCAAUCAUCUUCCCUUCAAGUGUGUCUAUUUCAUCAGCAGCUUCCAGCUCUUGCGCUUAUAUUAUUUCAGGUAUGACCAGUGCUAACUGUGUGGUUGCGUCAAAAAUGUUUAACGUUACUGAUGGAUUCCCAACUGGGGCAUCUACUAAAGUAAUAAAAAUUGGCAUAGGCGGAGUUACAAACCCGCAAACUACAGCUCCCUCAAGUUCUUUCACAAUCUCUUCAUAUACAGACAAUACAUUUCAAUAUAUGAUUAAUACCAUCUCGUCUGGAGUCACAAUAACUUGCCAAGCUGCAUCUUUAUCGUCAGUUACAGUCACCCCUUCAUCUUUGAUAACAGGAGAUACCGCAACUUACACUUUCACAGCAGUGACAGCAACUCAGAUUCCUUCAGGCGGCUCUAUGAUAAUAACUUUUCCAACUGGUGUUUCAAUAGCAAGUGCAAGCUUAACAAAUGCUCAAAAUUCCUGCUCAAAAAUUUCAGGGUUUAAUACCAACAGCUUUUCUUGCACUUGUACAGCAAGCAGCAUUACAAUUGUUAAUGGCUUCCAGUCAGGAGUUUUCAGUGCAGGAGGAACUUUGAGCUUUUCAAUGAGCUAUAUUACUAACCCGCCUUCAACUAAAAAAGCCCAAUCAUUUGCAGUGACCACUUAUGACGCUUCCUCUUAUGCUAUAGACACUUUGAGUUCAGGGAUUUAUGUUGAGAUGACGACUGCCAAUACCUUACAAGCUACUAUUACUCCUGCAUCCUUGGUUAACGGAGCCUCAACAACAUAUACUAUUUCAAUCACAAUAAAAAACCCAACAAAUACAGGGGUCGUUGUAAACGUCAUCCCCCCAUCCCAAGUCACUUUCCCAUCAAGCCCAGCCUGUGCUUCAGGAAGCAGUACCGUUACAAGCAUCAAUAGUUGCACAAAAAGUGGAGCUGGUGUUUUGGCUUCCUUGAAAUUAACCACCGACCCUUCAACUAGUGGGACAGUGCUGAUCUUUACGAUAGCAUCAGUUACAAACCCUCCUUCAACUGCAACGACAUCCACAUUUGAAGUUUACACCUUGACCAGUGAUGGAUAUUCCAUUGAUAAGCAAGAAUCAGGCAUCACAAUCCAGACAACUACUGCAGCAACUAUCACAGAUAUAAUUAUCAGUGCAGGAGAUUCGAAGAUUACGUCUACAACAUAUUAUACAAUUAGCUAUGCUCCUAUCAACAUUCAUCCAACAGGCACUACUGUUACAGUUAUUGUCCCUUCAGACUUCACUCUCAGCUCAUCAACUUGUACUGCAGGCUCAAGUUUAAGCAACGACUUUCAAUGUGUAGUGAGUGGAAAUACUAUCAUCACAAGUGGCGGGUUUGCAACUGCAAUUACUUCAUCAAGCAGAGUUACAUUCACAAUAACAGGUAUCAUUAAUCCAAAUUCUCAGAAAACAACUUCGGCAUGGUCAAUAACAUCAAAAGUAGGGAGCUACCUUAUAGAUGCCAGUAAUUCAGUCACUUCUACUUUUACCUGUACUUUGCCUUGCACGGCUUGCCAGAGCUCACCAACCUACUGCACUGCUUGUGAUACUACUUCUCUAUAUCCUUAUCUUUACAGCAAUACAUGCAAUUCAGCCUGCCAAAGCGGGUAUUAUGACGAUAUUACUACCCCAGCCAAAUCUUGUGUAAACUGCGACAGUAACUGCAAUACUUGCCAGGACUAUUCAAUUUACUGCCUUACCUGCAAAACCUCUAGCUCUUAUCCUUACUUCUAUAAUCACACCUGCGUGGCUAAUUGCCCUUCUGGCACUGCUCCAGACUCAGGGUCUUGUGUUGACUGUGUGUCCCCCUGCAAGCUCUGCAGUGCUACCAAAGACACUUGCACAUCCUGCGUCACAAGCUAUUAUCUAUAUGGGACAACUUGCAAAAAUGUAUGCCCUGAUGGAUAUGUCGGAGUUGGAAGUAGUUGUGAUCCUUGCAGUGGAUGUGCUACUUGCUCAGGAACUACAACAACUUGUACAAGCUGCGGAACAGGGCUCUUUCUUUAUAAAGCGAACUCGACAUGCUUGAGUUCUUGCCCAUCAUUGCUUUAUGUACCUGGAAAUGGGGUUUGUAAUGCCUGCAACUCCAGUUGUGCAACUUGUUCUGGGACGGUUGAUACAUGCAAAAGCUGCUGAAGCGGAUACAAGCUAUAUGGAAAUACUUGUGUGACUUCAUGCCCAGCAGACAUCACUAUCGAUAACGGGAGCUCCUGUAUUCCAUGCAGCUCAAGCUGUGCUAAGUGCUCCUCUACUGAUAUAAAUACUUGUACCGCAUGUGCUAGUCCAUACCCACUUCUGCAGGAUGGAGCUUGCGUUGAUGCUUGCUAUGGAGGUUAUAUAUUAUCAGGAGGAACAAACUGCUUAAAAUGUAAUUCUGUCUGCUAUUCUUGCUGAGGCACAACUGCUAACUGCACUUCAUGCCCUACCAAUACUUAUCUUUAUAAUAACUGAUGCUAUAGUUCAUGUCCUAACGGAUAUACCCCAACUUUGGGAGUUUGCGUACUCAUAACCAACUCAGAAAACUGCGCACCCGGGUGUACUCCUGCGAUGGUUGAAAAUACAAGCUGCGAAUCAGCUUGCAAUGUUGCAGCCUGCUUAUAUGAUAACGGGAUGUGCAACCAAGGAACUACAACAUGCCCUUCUGGGUCUUAUUUGGAUGUAAAUACAUGCAAAUCAUGCUCUUAUCCUUGCAAUUCUUGCACUGGGCCAGCGACAUGCACUAAUUGUGCGAUCAGCAGCACAACAGGAUCGACUUUGCUAUAUUAUAAUGGCUACUGCUAUGACAAUUGCCCGACUGGGACUCUCUCAAAUGGACUGACUUGCUCCGAUUGCAAUAUCAAAUGCGCAAGCUGCCAAGGGACUAAUAGUACCUGCUUGUCUUGCAAUUCCGGACUAUAUCUUUACAAUAAUGACUGUCUUUCAAAUUGCCCUGCAGAUAUAACAAUCCUAGACAAUUCGCAGUGCUUGGACUGCGAUUCAAACUGCCUGUAUUGCUCAGGAGCAAUUAAAACUUGCACUAAGUGCUCGACUGGCAAAGUUUUGCAGGGGUCAGUUUGCAUGCUGAAUUGCUACUCAGGAUGGACUGCAAUCUCAUCAAGUUGCGUGCAAUGUUCGGGAUGCAGCGAGUGUUCAGGCUCUGCAACUUCUUGCACAGCAUGCGACUCGUCGCUCUACCUCUACAACUCUCAAUGUGUUGGAAAUUGCCCAGAUGGGACUUAUGCUUACGGAAAUGUUUGUGAGACUUGUGAUACUUCAUGCGUUACCUGUGCUGCUGCUGGAAGUUGUUUGACCUGCAAAUCAGAUACUGUUAAGUAUGGGAGUUUGUGCUUAACCUACUGCCCAAGCGGCUAUGUAAAUUCGUCAGGGACAUGCACUCUUAUAAACAUCCCUGCAGAUUGCGUUACUGGGUGCAAUACAACUUUGCUGGCCAAUACUGUGUGCGACGCUGCAUGCUUUUAUAAGGAAUGCAACUAUGAUAAUGGCUAUUGCUUGAAUAGUGGAGUAUGUGCUGCAGGCAAGUUUUAUAACGGCACUGAUUGUGAGAGCUGCUCCUAUCCCUGCCUCACUUGCAAUUCAACAUCAACUUGUGUGUCUUGUACGACCUCAAAAGUGAACACAGGAGUGACUAUGCUUUACUAUAUGAAUUAUUGCUAUGAUACUUGUCCUCCUCGCACAAUGCAGGUUGGGCUUAUCUGUGAAGAUUGUGCCAGCAGCUGCUUGUCUUGCUAUGGGAGCACGAGCACCUGCAUUUCGUGUGACACAGGAAUGUACUUAUAUCAGGGAACGUGCGUGAAUGACUGCCCAGCAGAUAUAACGAUAAAAACGGGAACUGUUUGCAACUUAUGCAGUCUAAAUUGUGCGACCUGCUCAAUUAAUUAUGACAAUUGCACAUCGUGCGCUACUGGAAAAGUGCUCCAGAAUGGCAAAUGCCAGGCCAGUUGCGACACUGGGUACACGGUAACUGAUAUCUAUCCAACUACCUGUCAGGCAUACAACACAAGUAAAAUGGCGACGAUACCGACCCGUCCUCUCCCGGAACUGUGGCGAGAUUUGGGACCUUGCUGCGGCCUGAAGCCAAUCCGCCCAGGGAAAGGUCUGGAAUGGGUACUGGUAGUUUGUGUCCGGCUAGGUUUCCCUCCCAGUCCAGCAACGACGAUCCUAGGGUCGUCCCGAUAGGACACGGGGCAAAAAGGUUUUUCCUCUAGGGACCGCUAGUGCCAAUUUGGAGGGCAUGGUAGGAGCCGACAAGAGCUAACUCCCCCCCCCCCCUCCGUGAGCGAACAAAAAAAUUUUGUUCGCUCACGGAGGGGGGUUAAUUUUUUUUUUUUAAAAAAAAUUUAUAUAUAAAUUUUAUAAAAAAUAUUGUUUUCGAAAUUUAAAAAAAUCCUAAUUUGCAAAAAUUGGGAAGCAAAUAUUAAUUUAAUUUGCAAAAUUUAUGUUUUAAAACGCAAUUUGUUUAAAAUUAAACAGAAUUAGCUCUAGAUUUCAUUAUACUAAUUAUCACUUAUAUAUCAAAAUUUUUUUCCAUUAAAAUUUUUUUUCUAUUAAAAAAAUUUUUGUUCACUCAAAAAAUGGCGAUUUUUCUAAUGGUUUUGUUCGCUCACGGAGGGGGGGGGGGGGGAGUAAGGAGUUAAUCCUUAGCUCUAACCCUAGUCUGGCGACGUGAAGCACGGUGAUCCAGUUCGCCUACUUCCGGGAUAGCAUGGCCAAGCCCCAUGACCGGAAGGAGCUGAGUGGUAGCCUGUGGCACUUAGGUGCACACUGGGAGCAGGGCAAAGAAAGCAAGCGAGGCGUCCAAAAGGCGGAAGAAAAGGACUUCGGUCCUGGCCAGGAGCUACUCUAUAAAUUUAACUAAGGCUAAGACCUGUCAGGCAUGCACUGGAGGAUGCACAACGUGCAGCGUCCAAACUUACUAUUGCACUUCAUGUCCUGCGAACGAAUACCUGCAAGGGACCUUCUGUGUUUCUUCAUGCACUGCUGGAAUCUAUGUAUUAGUAGGUAGUACUUGUCUCCCCUGCACUAGCCCGUGCGCGACCUGCCAAAACACUGUAACAGACUGUAAAACUUGCGUUUCUGGCUAUUCUUUAUAUAGCAGCAGCUGCUGGAAUCCGUGUCCAACUGGCUAUGAAUCUAUUUCAGGAGUCUGCACUCAAGAGUGUGCUGAAGGCUGUACGCAAACUUUACUUAACAAUGGUGUUUGCGACGCAGUCUGCAACACAGCGGCCUGUGUCAAAGACAAUGGAAACUGCGUUCAAAAUGUGACUUGUGUAAAUGGGCAAUACCAGUCAGGAAAUACUUGUCUGAGCUGCGUUUAUCCUUGCAAUAACUGCCAAUCAGCUUCUUUUUGUACUUCUUGUCAGAUUAGCUCAACAACAAGUCUUCAACUGUAUCUUUACCAGGGAACUUGCUAUGACUCAUGCCCAACAAAGACUUAUCAGGACGGCUUGAUUUGUUCUGAUUGUCCCUCUAACUGUGACCAUUGCUCAAGCUCAACUGUAUGCGCAACCUGCUCUGGGGCUUAUCUGGUAUAUAAUGGAGGAUGCGUCACAAAUUGCCCAACCCAGUGGACAGCUACAACAGCCCAGCCAACUGUAUGCAGUCAAUGCUCAGCUUCUUGCAAUGAAUGCUCUGGUACAACUACUUAUUGUACUUCUUGCAAUUCUGGCUAUACGCUAACGAGCUCAAAUACUUGCAUAAGCUCAUGUGCUGGUGGGACUACACUAGUUGGAUCAACAUGUGAAACCUGCGUUUCUCCCUGUGUGAAUUGUAAUGGCGCAGUAACCAGCUGUACUUCAUGCAUAUCUGGCUUAGUGCUGCAGGGGAGCUCUUGUGUGACAUGCACUUCUCCUUGCAAAACCUGCUCUGCACUUCCAACAUAUUGCCUUGAUUGCGUGGAGAGUUAUUUUCUUUCAGGAACGACCUGCUUGCCUUGCAAUGCGAAUUGCAAUACUUGCUCUGGCUAUUCAUAUCAGUGCACAUCUUGUGCAGAUGGAAAGUUUCUUUCAGGAACGAGUUGCUUAACUUGUGAUCCGACCUGCUCAACUUGCCUUGGGACCUCAACUACCUGCACAACUUGUAGUGCCACGAAAUUCUUAGAUUCAGGAAAAUGCUACUCUUGCGAUACCUCAUGCUUGACCUGCGACACAACGUAUAAUCACUGCACAUCUUGCAAUUCUCAUUACUACCUUACUUCAAGCUAUACAUGCCUAGUGUGCGAUUCGAAUUGCGAUGGAUGUUCUGGGUCGGCUGCAUUUUGCACAAGUUGCGUGUCUCCAAAUAUUCUCCUCAACAACAAGUGCGGACCAUGCAAUUCCCCAUGUGUCACCUGUGUGAAUGAUUUCAAUGUGUGUGCUACUUGUGAAACUGGGAAAACUUUAAUAAAUGGAGUGUGUGAUACCUGCAAAGCAGACUGUUUGACCUGCGUUACUGACUUCAUGACCUGUGCCACCUGCCCAAGUGAGAAGUUUUUAGUAAGUGGGAGUUGUGUAGGAUGCUCUUCAGAAUGUGCAACCUGUCAAGGGUCCACCUCCUACUGCACUUCUUGCAAUUCUCCGCUUGCACUUAUAAAUAACAGUUGCCAAGUUUGUGAUUCAACUUGCUUGACCUGCAGUGGAACUACCAGUACUUGUACUUCUUGCCCCUCAGGGCUGAAUUUGUUUGGGUCAGUGUGUCUUGCUUGUACAUCUAACUGCAAAACCUGCUCUGGAUCUCAAUCUUUGUGCUCAUCGUGUGAUGAUGGCUAUUUCUUGUCAACCACCCAAUGCAUAAAGUGUGAUGUUAACUGCUUGACUUGUUCAAUAUCAGCUUCAAACUGCUUAACUUGUGCCCCAGGAUACAGCCUAAUAGAUGGGCUUUGCAAGCAAAUAUGCAGCGAUGGUUACUACUUAAGUGGGCUGACUUGCUAUGUCUGCAACACUAAUUGCAAAACAUGUGUUGGAACAGAUACAUCCUGUACUUCUUGCUACUCAGGGUUUAUCUACAACAGCGCUUGUGUAACAUCGUGCCCAAUUGGAACCUAUUACUCAUCAGCCAUAUCUACAUGCGAUAGCUGCUACUCUCUCUGCAAAGAAUGUCUUGGUUCAAGCACUCACUGCAUUUCCUGCAAUACAGGGUACUCAUUAGCGACAUCUAACAAUACAUGCAAUUUGAUCUGUGGGGCAGGAACUUACUAUGAUGGCUCUCAAUGCAAGUCAUGCUCGAAUAAUUGUGCGACUUGCUAUGGAUCUCCUACAUACUGCACGAGCUGCUCCUACGCAAACCAAACGCUGACUUCUUCGGGAUUUUGCCAAACUCCUUGUGGCAUAGGGUAUAUUCAGCUGGUUGCGAAUGGGAAUUGUGAAAAGUGUGACUCUUCGUGCUAUAAUUGUACUGGUACAACGCUUUACUGUACUGCAUGUGCAGAUACCACCAAAUAUUUGUAUCAGGGAGUUUGCUAUACCACUUGUCCGUCUCCAACGACUGUAGUAUCUGGAAAUACGUGCGUUGACUGCACUUCCCCAUGCUCAACUUGCCAAACAACGCCGAUUUAUUGUUUAAGCUGUGUGACUUCUUAUUAUUUAUACCAAAAUACUUGCCAAAAAAACUGUCCGACGAAUUACACACCAGCAACUGUGAGUGGAACAGGGGUAUGCUUGGCUCCUUGCGACCCAGGCUAUGUGGCUCCAUCUUCUGAUGGUAAUUGCGUUGCAUGUGAUACUAUCUGCAAAACCUGCAGUGUGACAACAACUAACUGCACGGCUUGCACGGACAGCACUAAAUAUCUCUACAGCGGCCAGUGCUUAAUAACUUGUCCAUCUCUUAUUACAGUCGCAAUUGGAAGUGUCUGUAAGGACUGCACACUGCCUUGCCUCACCUGCUCGACAACAGUCACCAAUUGCUUAAGCUGCAUUGCUACCAACUAUCUUUACCAGGGCACAUGCUCGACAUCUUGCCCAGACGGCUAUACUAAGGGUACUCAAAAUGGGUCUGGGGUCUGCUUGGAGCCUUGCACUACAGGAUACAUCAGAGAGACUCCAAAUGGAAGUUGUGUUCAAUGCAGUUCAGCCUGCUCAAGCUGCUAUGGGACCAUAACAAACUGCACUGCUUGUGCCGAUAGCUCUAAGUAUCUCUAUGGAGGGUCAUGCGUCUCAGCUUGUCCUACAAAUACCACAGUCGCUGUCGGCGCCAAAUGCGAGGCUUGCUCUUCGCCUUGUCUAACAUGCAAAUCGACUAUCUACUCCUGUUUGAGUUGCUUAUCAGGAUAUUAUUUAUACCAAAGCACUUGUGUACAAACCUGUCCUGCCGGCUAUACAGCCAGCACUGUUUCAGGACUAGGAGUUUGCUUAGCCCCAUGUUCGAGUGGAUAUGUAAGAAACCCAGAUACUGGAAAUUGUGACGCUUGUGAUACAGAAUGCAAAACUUGCUCUGGGACUUCGAGUUAUUGCACAGCAUGCUCUGACAGUGCAAUGUAUCUUUAUAAAGGGACUUGUGUUGCUUCGUGCCCAGCAGAUGUAACGAUAACUCUUGGGAAUACAUGCGUGAGCUGCGAUUCCACAUGCCUCACUUGCAGCACAUCAACAACAUAUUGCACAUCAUGUAACGGAAGCAAGUAUGUCUACUCAGGAGCGUGCUAUGACUCCUGCCCUAAAAAUAUAACUGUGGCAGAAGCCAAAACAUGUGUGGUUUGCUCUUCACCUUGCCAGAAUUGUACAUCAACCAAAACUAAUUGCAUAAGCUGCAUCAGCAACUAUUAUCUAUAUCAAAACACUUGUGUUCUGAACUGUCCUGUAGGGUAUGAAGAGGAAGGAUCAUCAUGUGUAGAAUGUCCCAACUUGGACUGCACGAAUGGCACAAGUUCUACUAAUAGUUCAAGUUCUUCAACUUUUACAGGAGGUCCUGUACCUUUCCCAUUCAGUGGAGUCGCAGUGAUUUCAGGAGGUCUUCUAGUAGUUACUAAGCUUACAGCGUCCGGAGUCAGUUUGCUGAAUUCAGUGAUUUCAACGUGGUCAAUAAGUGCAGCUGCUUCAUGGAUUUUCCUAGGAGCAUUCAUUUUCGCCAAUGGCGGUGACUCUCCAUCACGGCGUCUUCUCGCUAUCGACCCUACCUCUGGCAGUCUUAUGGUCUCAAUCGUUCUACUCCUGAUAAUCGGUGCCUUAGCCUUCCACUAUAUCUGCAAUUUUUCAUUUAUGGCACAAUUCUUUGUAAAGCCAUGCAGAAAAGACCCAGCUUAAGUUUAAGUUUAAGUUUAAAUGAAUUACUCUUGUAUGCAGUCUCCUUGCUUAAGGUCCAACUUCAUUAACAGCUCUGAACAACGGUAGGUGGACCAGCCUAACCGUCGAACCGUUAAAGUUAAUAAGCCUAUUAAGACUUCUCUAGUCAGUGCCAGACUCAGAACUGGCCUCUUCACUUUCUUUCGAAACUCUCAAGGCACGACCUCUAUCACUAAGUUCGAAAAUAGGACCCUACCUGCAGAGCAGGAGUUAGGACCUAUCUCUAACUGACAUUUUUAAUAUUGUAAGACCCCGCAUUUAAAUAUUGGAGAAAAAAACACAAAUGCUCAUUUAGAUCGAUAUCGAGUUGUGCCACUUUUAUAACCUUCCAUUCAAUAAGGUUGCUAUAUAGCGGGAUGUGCAACAGUUUGAGUUUCAAGGCAAUGUUUGACAAUAAAGGAAAAGUCUAUAAGCCCCUCAUCAAAUUUGGCUAUGUGAGUCUUUUGUGUACUUCAGUUCCAUUAAUUAUUGCCCAAGGCUUACUUUUAGGACACUACAGCAUUGGUGAGUGAAUGUGGAUGUUCUCGCUAGACUCCUUGAUCGUCACAAUCUUGCUUGCCAUCCUAGUAUUCUGGGACAUCAAGAACAUGGAAAAAGACUUACUCAGACAUGAAUGGGAAAAAGAACUAGGGGGUCCGCUUGACAAGUUAGAGGGCCAAAGCUUGGUAAACCCUAACAAUUCAAUUACAGAGCUUAUGCAGAUCUUUCCAGUUGACUUUUCUGGAAUUCUUCCUCAAAAAAUAACACCUAUAAAAAAGAAGAAACUUAAGUAUAAAUCCAAGUCAACCCAGCCUUCACGAGCAAGUUCUCCAGUAUCUGAAAGACUAUACCACAGAAAAAAUUCAUAUCCUCUGCUUGAAAAAGAAGGCGUAGAAGUGGAUUUAGAUUUCUUGAGAAAAGACACACUGCCAAAGAUCUUGGAUGAGCCCAUUGAUGAGUCAAAUCUUUUGGAUAAACUUACUGCCCAUAUCCUUGAUCGAACCAAUCACCACUCUUCGAUCAAGGAUGGGCUUGAAAUUUUGAGAAUUCUUAUAUUAAAAGCUUUUCCUGAAAGAAUUAUGCACUAGCCAUAAGGGGUAGGAGAGUGGGUUCCAUGCUUGAUUUUAUUAAAAUUGUUCGAUCAAUGAUUGGACUAAUUGGCGAAUUUAGAAAAAAUAUUUAAUCGUAUCGUCCGAUCGAGGAUGGGGAUUUAGGGAAAAUUCAUUGCUGAAUGCAAAUGACCUCACAGUGCUUCCAGAAGAGGACACGAAAGGAGAGUUUGAAAAAUCGACAAAGGAGUACAAAAUCCCUGUUUAUCGGCCUACAGAUCAAAAUUAUGUGCCAUUGAAUUUCAACCCAAGGACUGAAGAAUGGACCGAAGUCGUCGCUUAUACAGAGCGCGAUUCAGAGCCCGAAGAAACUGAGCCUAACCUUGAAGAUCAAGAAAUAUUGAUAGAAGAAGAGAAAGUCCCUGAAACUAUGACUCCCCCUCCACCUCCUCCUGAAUCCCCCUCAAAGUCUCCGAACCAUUAUGGCACAAUUGAAGCCGAGCAAGAGCUUGACUUUGACAAAGCCUUCGCUGACUCCAAUGACCCUGAAAUUGUGAGCGUCCCUCACAAACCCACCGGAGGUAGAGUCCGAGUACGAAAAGACUUCAAAGGAGCCAGAAUUGUUGACUUAGAAAACAAAGUCAUUGACAGUGCCCCACCUAUUGACCCAUCCAAAUAUGAUAUUCCUAAAACCAUUGUCGACGAAAACGACGUCAGAUACGCCACAUUGGUAACCCACUCUGGAGAAAAGGUCAGAGUGCAUCGUAACUUUAGAGGCGCGAGAAUUGUAGAUUUGGAGAAAAAGGUCAAUCACCCUCACGCAUAUUUGAUUGGCCAGAGUGUGAAAAACGAAAGCGAUUUCCAGUUUAACAACGCCUAUCCUGACCCUGAAGACCCUGAAGUUGUAGUAGUCAUGCACAAUGAGACUGGAGAAGAUGUAAAGGUCAGGAAGACUUUUCAUGGAGCAGCUAUGGUUGAUGAGCAUGGGAACUUGAUUCCAAACCAGCCUUUGAUUGAUAGAAAUGAUUAUGAUAUCGGAAAAACAAUUGUUGAUAAAGAAGAUGUCCAUAUAGCUACUCUUUCCCAUAAGAAAACAAAUGCAAGAGUCAAAGUUCGCAGAGAUUUCAGAGGAGCGAAAAUUAUUGACUUGGAGCGCAAGGCUGAGCUGCCAAUUGGCAGACAUAAUAUUUUCUCUAAAAAUGAGCCUGAGCCUCUUUCUCCAAAUGGAAGCGACCUGGACUUCAAAAUUCUUGACCGAGGCUGGAUGAGUCCUGCACACCCUGACGAAAGCUCUUUCGAUUACAGCAGAAAACCUCCCCGUCCUCAGCGGACUCUCAACUUUGGAGGUCCUAGAGAAGAGAACUACGACAGGAAGAACCUUGACACCCUUGCAGAAAUCAUUCAGCAGGAAGAGAAAAAAGGCUCAAGAAGCGACCGAAAGCUAUUUACUAAUGACUAUAAAAACCAAGUAGAAAGCGAAGGGGAUGAGCCUUCCUUUGAUUCCUUCGGAAACGAAUUUAUGAUGCCAAUUUCUCACAAUUUAGACUUGGAGUACCCAAUCCCUCCUGAUUAUGAUUUCCAAACCCCAGGAAUGCUUGAAAUGAAUGAGUCUGUAUCAUCAAUUAAUAGCAGAAACCCAAGGAAAAGGAGAAGAUUUAAGAAAAAGCAGCAAGGCCCUGUUUCAUCUCGCAUGAGGCAGAUGGAAGAAAUCUAUCUUCAAAGGCUGGAGCCUGGACCUCGAAGAGAGCCUAGGCCAGUGUUUAGAGAAGAUAUUGACGAGCCAGAAUUUGAGCAGUGGGAUAGGCCAGACUCUGGGAUUGAGAGGGCUAGAGGAAGCGAACGGACUCUAUCUUCAGCUGGUGAUGAAAUUGUGAGAGGUACUAGAAGAAUUCAGUAUCCUCAGAGGAGAGAUCUUUAA